CUGCCUUGGAGAAGAACACCUGAGGCUGCCUUCUGUGUCCCCCAGCCCAUGAUAAGUGCAGGCUCUGCACCCUGCCCAAGGCGCUGCUGGCCGUGGCUCCCUGUGCCCAGGCCUGCAGCCCCUCAGUACCUUACUCUUCUACCCCCAGAUCCUGCUCCCGCUGCAGCACAGAUGGGGCUCCCCUGGGGCUGCGGCCGCCCCAGCCUCACCAGCCAUGCCAGCGGCUUCCUGACUACCCUCGUCACUCUGCUCCUCCUCCAGCUGGGCUCAGCCCAGCUCAGAGUGGAGGGACCAGGACACCCUGUCACUGCCACCGUGGGGCAGGAUGUCGUGCUGCCCUGCCACUUGUCCCCUCAACGCGAUGCUCACAGCUUGGAGGUCAGGUGGAUUCGGCGCACGAUAUCUGAGACAGUGCACCACUACCGCAAUGGAGAGGACCUGUAUGGGGAGCAGAUGGGGGCAUAUUCUGGGAGGACAGAGUUGUCCAGAGAUGGUCUCUCUGCUGGAAGCCUGGACUUGCGAAUCACAGGGCUGAGACCCUCUGAUGAUGGCCAGUAUUUCUGCACUGUGAAAAAUACUGAUGCUUACGAUGAAGCAAUUGUGGAGCUAGAGUUGUCAGCCACAGGCGCUGACCCCCACCUCUCCCUGGGGGGCUACGAGGCCGGAGGCGUCCGGGUGCUGUGUCGAUCGGCCGGCUGGUACCCGCUGCCGCAGCUGCUGUGGAGGGAUGCUCGCGGGCAGCACCUGCCCUCGGUCUCCCAGACACAUUCCCAGGACCAGGAGGGGCUCUUUGAAAUCGAAGGUGCCAUCAUCGUGGCCGGGAGCGUGGAGGGGCCCUUGUCCUGCGUGGUCAGGAGCAGCCGCCUCCAGCAGGAGCGGGAAUCAUCCCUGCACAUCGCAGCUCCUUUUUUCCUCAACGCUCAGCCCUUUAUAGUGGCUCUGGCUCUGGUCCUUGUGCUUUUGGCUGUGUCCAUUGGCCUCGGUGUUUAUCUCUUUCGAAAGCAAGCUACACAAGCUACAGAGCUGGAGAAAAAAGAUGCAGAGCUGGAGAAACAAGCUGCAGAGCUGGUGGAACAAGCUGCAGAUCUGGCAAGGAGAAAGUUUCUGCUGUCUCAUAAUAGAGUGAAGGUGACCCUGGAUCCACUCACGGCUCAUCCCCGGCUUGUCGUGUCUCUGGACAACAGCAGUGUGAGAUGGGAAACUGAACGGCAGCAGGUGCCUGACACACCGCAGAGAUUUGAGUCUUGGUGCUGCGUGCUGGGCCGUGAGGAGUUCAGAGAGGGGAGGCACUGCUGGUUGGUGGAGGUGGAGGGAGAGCAGCAAAAAUAUGCUUGGUGGGCUGUGGGGGUGGCCAGAGCAUCUGUGGAGAAGAAGAAAGGGAUCAAAAUUUGCCCCCAAGAGGGAAUUUGGGCUGUUCAGUAUGAUGAAGGAGAUUUCACGUCUCUUACAUCUCCUCGCACCCCCUUGUCUGUGUACCACAACACCACGAGGAUCUGGGUCUUUCUGGAUUUUACCCAGAGGCAGGUGUCUUUUAUCAACGCUGACAAUGGGUUCGAGAUCUUCACUUUCACAGCAGCCUCCUUCAAUGGGGACAGCAUCCGCCCCUGGUUUUUGCUGGAGACAGAGGGAACUCAGCUGUGCCUGAAGGACAGCACCCCCAGACCCUGUCCCCAGCCCUGAGGGGCUCCUGUGAUUCUCCAGCCACUCCUGCAUCACCUCUCCUUGGUCCUGCAGGAGCAGCACAGGAAUGAGGGGCAGUGGGGCCAGGGGCUGCUCCGUGUGUUCCUCCCUGCUGCUGGAGGAGAGCUGGGAUGCUGCCAGCAAGGACAAGGCCCCUUGCAGCCCCUGGGCUCUGCCCUACCCAGGACUCCUGGACUGGGGCACAAGCCCUGCUGGCACCCAUGGGUCUCACCCUGCCUCUGAGCCCAGCAAGCAGCACAGGGGCUGCAGCAGCUCUCCACACUUUUCUCUCCUCUUCUUGUACUGCUUGUAGACCCCAGGGCAAGGGAUGUGGUCACUGUGUGCUGCUGGCCAUUGCAGGCCACCUUUGCCUCCUAGGUUGGGGUUGAUCCUUGCUCUGUGCCUGGUGCUGAGCAUGAGCAGCCUGUGGGGGCUCUUUGUUCCGUCCUCUGGAGCACAUCUAUGCAAGAUGCAGCAACUUGGGCCCCUCGCUACAAGAAGGACAUCGAGGUGCUUGAGUGGGUCCAGAGAAGGGCGACGAAGCUGGUGAGGGGCCUGGAGAACAAGUCCUACGAGGAGCGGCUGAAGGAGCUGGGCUUGUUCAG